AUGAUGCGCCUCCUGACGGAGAAGUUUGUCUGGCACGGAAUUCGGAAGGACUCCCUCGAGUGGGCCAGGACCUGCGUUCCUUGCCAAACAAGUAAAGUAAGUUGGCACACAGAAUCAGGUGUGGGGGAAUUCCCGCAGCCGAAGCGAAGAUUCGGCCAUAUUCACGUAGACGUCGUGGGUCCCCUGCCCCCGUCGGAAGGCGCCAGAUACCUCCUGACGAUAAUCGAUCGCUCCACCAAAUGGCCUGAGGUGACGCCGAUGUCGGAGGCAACCACCAAAGCGUGCACCGAAGCCCUUCUCACCAGCUGGAUCAGUCGAUUUGGAGUGCCAGAUGAGAUCACGAAGGACCGCGGACCCGUUUUCCUGUCGGAGUUGUGGACCGCCCUGGCCCGCCUGAUGGGGACAUUGCUACAUGCCACCACUGCCAACAACCCGGCGGCUAACGGCAUGGUGGAGAGGUUCCACCGAUCGCUCAAGGCUUCCCUAAUGGCACGCUGCACCGGCGAGGAUUGGAAGAGCCAACUACCGUGGGUCCUCCUCGGCCUUAGGACCGCCCCUCGGGCGAACAGCGAAGCAUCACCUGCGGAGAAGGUAUACGGGGAACCAUUGACAGUCCCAGGUGAGUUCUUCCCAACCAAUGCUGACGACGCCGACAUCUCCAUCACCAGACUUUGGGAAUCCGCUGGAAAAUUCACACCCUGCAUCAAGACCGUCUCUGACUGA